CUCUUACCGCUCACCACGUUUAUGAACUUAUAAACACUCCUCCAAUGGCAUCUUGCCCAUUGGCAUCUUUGCUGAGAUUAGAUAGUGGUCACUGAACCUUGGUAGCUGCCAUCAUGCUUGACGAAAGCCUUCCCACAUUCUACCUCAAACCCUCCCGCCAAACGCCGCACCAAAGCACCAUCCACCUCUACCAGCACGGCAACGACCCGCACCCAACCUACACCCUCCGACACCCAGACCCAACCCCAACGAACAAGAACCUAUACGCAGCAGCGCUCUACGACGCCCACGUCCCCUCAAUCCUCUACGGCGAAGUCCUCAUCCGCCCGCAAUGGCCCACGCCAACACUCUCCGCAGAAGCCAUCCGCGCCAAUGGCGCCGACCACGCACCUGACCCAGACCCUCUCCUCCCAACCACCUUCACCAUCAACCUCUACAACCCAGACCAAACCGUACUCGUCCACUACCGGCCCAAAACCUGGAACUCGCCCGCAGCCUGGGAAUUUGAAAUGCCCCAACACAGCUUCCGGCAACCGUCGGCCUCGACGCUGGAUCGCACGCAGGCCGACCCGGCCUCGGCGGAAAUCACCCCGCGCCUUAAAUUCGCCUGGCGCCGAGAAAGUAAAUUGUCGAAGGACCUGACGUGUUUUCUGUCCGGGAAGACGACGCAUUUGCCCGAGCAUAGGGCUAAUAAGGCCAGGACGAAGGAGCCGGAUAUCACUGUCGCGAUGUUCCAGGCGCUGAAGGAGUUGACGCUUUAUGAGCCGAAUUUGUACCGGGUGGAGAUGGAGGAUUUUAAGGGGCUUGAGGUCGUGUUGUUGUUGGCUGCUGUUACUAUUCGAGAUGUUUGGUUUGCGUCGCAGGGUUUGCGCGAGGUGUUUCGGGUGGGGAAGGUGGGCGGUGGUGCGGUUUCCAGUGCUGGCAAUGGGGGCGGGAAUGGCAGCGGGAAUGCUGGGAAGCAGAGACCAGCUGGUGGUAGUAGUUCAGGGCUGGCGAUCCCGUCCGGGGCCCCAAAUUCUUCGUCACCGUCGUCGCCAUCAUCUUUAUCACCGAUAAGGCAAUCUCCGCCGCGGUCGAGACCAGCGCAAUCGCAAACAUCCCCCACUGAGAGUUGGCGCAAGCAGGAGGAGGAGCGCCGCACGCAGAUGCUGCUGGAGGAGGAGGAACAGGCGCGCCGACGCCGCGAGGCAGAGCGCCAGGCCGAGAUCGAUCGCGAGACGCUCCGCCUCCAGCAGAUCUACGGCCAGGAGGAGGAGCGCGUGCGCAUGCAGGCCGCCGUGCCGCUUCCGCCGCGCACGACAGCUACGCCGGCCCCGGCGCCGAGUCUCCCGCUGCGGCCGGCGAACCCUCAACAGCAUCAUACCUAUCCGAACCAGGGUGGACGGCCGCGCAUCCAGUCCCCCGGGGCGGCGGAUCCGCGACAGUCGGUGGUGCGCUUUUCGUUGUCGCCGGAGCAACAGCAGCAACAGCAACAGGCGAAACCAAGUUUGCAGCCGAAGAAGAGCAGUUUCUUCCGAUUACGACGGUCGUCGGCGGACGAGACGAAGUUGGGUAAGAAGCGGAGUUCGAUGUUUUGAAAUGAUACCCUUGCAUAGCUGCAUAUGAGAUACGA